CUAUUGGUGGCAUGUUAUGUCUAGUGGAUACCAUUAAGGACCAAUGGUUUUAAUGAUUAGCUGAUAGUUUGUAAUGGAAUUUGUAGUGGAAACCAAUAGAAUUUCUGUCAUGGUUUCUAUGUUUUUUGGGUGUUUUUUUUUUUCAGUAGGGUCUGCUUCAUCAGACCACCAUGCCCUUGAUUAUUUUCCUGUACCAACAGCCCCAGAUGUUUUAUUCCUCACUUUUAUUUAUUUAUUUAUUUUAAAUAAUAACAGGAUUACGAACUUACUACAUUUGUUGCGAUGAUGAAUUAAUUUAAAACGUUAAAUAAAAUUUUUAAAUGUUGCUGGGAAAGAAUCAACUUCGAGGUGGUAACAGUUACUUAUAUCAACACUAUUUAUUUAUUUAUUUGCGGAGCAACGGUUGCGAAGUGACACAAGCGGAAGUGACACAACAACAGAGAGCCCUAAAGCGGUAGGUGAGACCGGAAAAAGCUUUGACGCGCUAGCUGUGCAGACGGAGCUGGGUUUUUUUUUUUUUUUUUUUUUAAAUUACCGAUGAACUCCUGAAAACGACCGGACUUUAUAUUAGUUGGGGUAUUACUUGUAGAUUUAUCUAGUGCUAUUCAUCCCUAAUUUUGUUUUAAAAAAAGGUUUUAAACGUUGUUUUUUUAAUCGUGUAUCGCGAGAGAGAGCGCGAGGCCGGGUGUGCGCGAGCUUCCUCCUGUUGCUGGCAGGUUAGCUUGCUGGCUAAAUCCUGAGGUAAUCUUUCAGACUGAGGGAAAAGAAACACGGAAAAUGACCGAAUCCGACAAGUUAAACAUCGAUUCUAUCAUCCAGCGUCUUCUGGAAGUGAAAGGCUCCAGACCCGGUAAAAACGUGCAGCUGACUGAGAAUGAGAUCCGUGGGCUGUGUCUCAAAUCCAGGGAGAUUUUCCUCAGCCAGCCCAUUCUUCUCGAACUGGAAGCACCUCUGAAAAUUUGCGGAGAUGUUCACGGUCAGUACUAUGACCUGCUCAGGCUGUUUGAGUACGGCGGAUACCCCCCGGAGAGUAACUACCUGUUUCUGGGAGACUACGUAGACCGAGGCAAGCAGUCUUUAGAGACCAUCUGCUUGCUGUUGGCUUACAAAAUCAAAUACCCAGAGAACUUUUUCCUGCUGCGCGGGAACCAUGAGUGCGCCUCCAUCAACAGGAUAUACGGCUUCUACGAUGAGUGUAAAAGACGCUACAACAUUAAACUGUGGAAGACGUUCACGGACUGCUUCAACUGCUUGCCCGUGGCCGCCAUCGUCGACGAGAAGAUUUUCUGCUGCCACGGAGGCCUGUCUCCGGACUUGCAGUCGAUGGAGCAGAUCCGGCGCGUGAUGAGACCCACGGACGUGCCAGAUCAGGGGCUGCUGUGCGACCUGCUGUGGGCCGACCCCGAUAAAGACGUGACUGGCUGGGGCGAAAACGACCGUGGUGUCUCCUUCACCUUCGGCUCGGAUGUCGUCGCCAAGUUCCUGCACAAACACGACAUGGACCUCAUCUGCAGAGCGCACCAGGUUGUGGAGGACGGAUACGAGUUCUUUGCGAAGCGGCAGUUGGUGACGCUCUUCUCCGCCCCAAACUACUGCGGCGAAUUUGACAACGCCGGUGCCAUGAUGAGCGUAGACGAGACGCUCAUGUGCUCCUUCCAGAUCCUGAAACCCGCUGACAAGAAGACGUUGACGUACAGCGGCACUGGAGCUUUCGGAUCCGGCCGACCCGUCACGCCGCCAAGAAACGCUGCCAAGGGGGGAGGCAAAGCCAAGAAAUAACCACCACGACACACACAUUUCUCUUCCUCUCCUACUUCCUUCAGUCUACCUCUCCUAUUAUUCCUCGUCUUUCAGAUUUCUCCGUUUUCUCGCCGUGAAUGUACUUUUUUAAUUUUAUUUUAAAUAAAUUUUAUUUCAUUUUGACCAAUUAUGAGCAUGAUAUAAUGUUUUCAGAGUGUUUAUCUUUACCUUCUAUUACGUUUCUUCAUCAUAGAUGUAUAGAAAUAAACACAAGUCCCUUUUUAGGGAUUUUCUUUUAUUUUUUAUUAUUGGACCUAAGCAUUUUUUUUUCCCUCUUGAGUCUCAGGGUCCGACACACCUUUAUCUCCUGAAGCAAUGGCUAUAAUUGUUUGAGUGCGUGUAUGUGUGUGUUUUAUCACUGCCAUUCUUAAAUGUGAAGUGUGUAUGUUUCCUGUUUCAUCAGCAAGCAAAACGAGUGCUGGAGUUUUAGGACAAGAUGUGUGUGGGUUUCUUUCUUUUUUUUUAUUUUUCAGCUUAGAAUUCAUGACCCAUUUGUACAAAAUAUCUCUGGAAAUUCUCGCUCUGCUCUUCUCUUCACGUUUACUUUGUUUACUGACGUGAGUGAUCAGCGUUCACGGUCACUGUCAUACAUUCGAUUUGUACAGCGCAUUUACUUGAAUAAGAAAAUCUCUUCCUCUGUUUUGUAGUUAUUCAUGGACUUGGACAAUAAAGUGAGAAUCUCUUACAAGAAAUAA